AUGGCACAGGCCGAGGUCGACUCCAACGAGCAGAAGGCACAAGUGGAGCAGCUUGCCGCCGAGGCCUCACAACAUCAACAAGACAGUGAAGAAAAGGAAAUGAGGCUGCAGACUAUGUCGGAAGAGAAUAGGAGCCUUGCAGAGCAGGUCCGGCGGCUUGAGGACGAGGUCAAAGGGCUCCGGCAGCAAGUUCUGCAGAUGAAAGGGCAAGAGACAUCAUUGGACACGGAGGCAAAACCUGCGUCAGCGCAGGUGACAGCCGCCAGCGCGCCCGAAGCAGCGGCCAAGGAG